UGUCCUCCCACAGCCAUGUGAAAAGUCACGUAAUUCAAAAUCCCUUCUUUCUAUCUAUUGUGAAUCACUGGGCGGCAGGGAUCAUAUUGAGUGCGGCCACGUAACCGAAUCGAUUAUAAAAACCGCGACUUUUGUUUCACCGGUGCCAUUUCAGAUAAAAAAGAUGAUAACGCUCAAAUUUGUUAAAUAAAAUCCGAAAUUUAUAUACGUAAAUAGUCAGUGCGCACCGAGUGUUUGCGACGAACAAUUGAAUUUACCGCGUCGUUUUCUCCGCUGGAGAACUGACAUAAGACAGCUGUUUACUGUGUUUACGUGUUUAUGUGCGGUCCGAUCAAUCCGUGCUGUAACUAACCGGAAUCGAACCAAUUUUAAUUAUUAUAGGAUGUAGUGGAUUUUUUGUGUCUAGUUGUAGUGUAUACGUCAUAAAAAUGAAUAGCAACACUGCCCUGUUUUUGUUUGUUGUUUUCCACGGUUGUCUGGGUUAUUAUAACCUAGAAAAGGAACCGGACUGUUUCUGCCAAUUGCAGGGAAAAGUUGACGAGUGCACGUGCAACAUCGACACAGUCGAUCAUCUGAACAACGUCAAAAUCUACCCCAGAUUGCGCAGUUUACUCGAAAAAGACUAUUUCAGGUAUUUCAAAGUAAACCUGAAACGGGAAUGUCCGUUCUGGACGGACGACAGCAGGUGUGCCAUGCGUUUCUGUCACGUCGAGUCGUGCGAGGAGAACGAAAUACCGGCAGGUCUUAAGGGACACGCCAAACCCAAAGACAUGUACUCCAAGGAGGUGAACGAAGACUGCAAUGAACAUCACAACAGUUUACAUCUGGUUGAUAAGACUUUAAGCGAGAAAGCCCAAAAAGACAUCGACCUGUGGGCGAAACACGACGACGCCUCUGAUAACUUUUGCAUUAUCGACGAGUACGACGAAGAAGCCGAGUAUGUGGACCUGAAACUCAACCCUGAACGGUAUACAGGUUACAAAGGCAAAUCAGCCAAACGCAUAUGGGACAGCAUUUAUCUGGAGAACUGCUUCAGACCCGAAAAAGCCAAAAGUUUUGAUGUGUACAUCCAAAACGGUAAAUUAAACGACAUGUGUUUGGAGGAGCGAGUGUUUUAUAGAGCCAUAUCGGGUCUGCAUGCCAGCAUCAACAUACACUUAACUUCGAUUUACUUGCUCAGUGAGAACAGUUUGACUGAUCCCAAUGGAGAAUGGGGACCUAAUGUGGCCGAAUUCCAAAGGAGAUUUUCAUCUGAAACAACCAAUGGUGAGGGUCCAAAUUGGCUGAGAAAUUUAUAUUUUGUUUAUUUGCUGGAACUGAGGGCACUUGCGAAAGCUGCGCCGUAUUUAGAAAAGGAAGAAUAUUACACAGGUAAUGAGAAUGAAGACUGGGACACGCAGAUGGCAAUAAAAGACUUGCUGAGUGUUAUAAAACAAUUCCCGGAUCAUUUCGACGAGAAGGUGAUGUUUAAUGGGGAUGUUCAAGCGAAAAAUUUGAAAAACGAAUUCAGAGAGCACUUUAGAAACGUGAGUCGCAUUAUGGACUGUGUCGGAUGCGACAAGUGCAAGGUCUGGGGUAAACUGCAGACUCAAGGUUUAGGGACCGCGUUAAAGAUUCUUUUCUCUGGUAAAUUCGAUAAUAUUGAAUCGGUCGAUGCGAACAACAAGAAAAUCUUCCAGUUACACAGAAAUGAAAUUGUCGCAUUGAUAAAUGCAAUAGGCAGGUUAUCCACCAGCAUUUAUAAACUGGACGAUUUCAAGGAAAGGCUAAGUAAUACUGGAAAUAAAGUUAAAAUAACUGAUAAUAUUUUUAAGUAGUUGACUGGUUAAUCUUAAUUGUUUUGAGAUAGUAGCCUGUGGCAAUUUGAUUAGUUAUCUUAAACAUAAUUGUCAAAUUUACAUAGCUUACUUAGGGUCUCUAAAAUUAAAUUUAUAUUUUAAUUGUUGUAAUUUAUUAUUAUUGUUUUUAAUGAGUGCUGUCAUUAAAAUGUUAAAUUGUGAUUAUUUAUAUUUAUAUAAACUUAGAACAAUUGUUAUUUAUUUAGUUUAAAUAAGUAUUUUAUACUUUAAAAUCACAUCAUAUAACUAAAAAAAAAAACAAGAAAUAUGGGUAUUUUACUUAAUUUAUCGUUAAUUAUGAACACGUACCUGCGUUUUCCAUUUCACAGUUUUGAUUUAAAAUAUAUAUAUUAUAGGUAAUGGUUAAAUUUAUCCCUCUAGUCUAACUGUAAGCCAGGCAAAUCCAAUGUAAAUUUAAGAUAAAGAACUUUAUUUUCCUAUUCCAAUUUUUGUACUUUAAAUAAAUGGUGAUUUAUAA